CAGGCAUACUUUUAUCCUCCUAAAAAUUAAAAUCCCUAACCCAAGAGUGCAACCUAUCAUUGCCUUGGUGAUCCAAUCCGGUGAAAGCCGUAGAACACCCAACAAAAAAAUGAGCAGCAAAGCAGAGAGAGAGAAUGGUGAAAAAGAUGAGAAUAAUCAAAAUAUAAAGCCAAGAUUUUUCGAUAAGAAAGCUAAGAACAUGUGUUGGGUAAAAGCUGCUAUUGUCACUGGCCGUCACCCUGACCGUUGGAGAAAAGAUGCCGCCGGCAACAUUGUAUGCAAGCGUUUCUGCAAUUGUUCUGGCUGUCUUUGUUUUGAGUAUGAUCACAUCAUUCCUUUUUCUAAAGGAGGUGAGUCCACAAUUGACAAUUGUCAGAUACUUCAAACUAGGGUCAAUCGAUACAAGUCUGACAAAGAAAUGGAUUCCAACAUAUUGAGAGGCUAUUCCUGUGAUUUGAAAUUCACUGACAAGGAACUUGAUAUAAUUGAGAUGGCUGUGUAUGGCGACGUGAUACGGCCUGGGAACCAAUGUCGUUGCAGGUCUGUUGCUGAAAUGCUUGGAAAUUUCAAGGCUAAAGAUCACGCGGCACCUUGCAAGUUGCCCUACGGUGAAGAUUCAUGACGUUUUAUACCAAUACAACAACAUAUUCAGAGCCCGAACCCUUUUAAAUGGGGUCGGCUGCAUGACCUUAUAUACUCUACCAUUAUGCUUUGGAAUUUCAAUUCGCAGUCAUUCUUCUAAUAUUCUGUGUUACAUUCAUAAUUCUGAAGAUUGCCAUAUUGUGAAAAAAAAAAAAGAAUGAAACUCCAGCAUAAACGGUAAACUACUUUGGAAUUGCUGGAAUGUUUUUGAUUUUGGUUAUUGGAUUUGGACAAUAUUCCUCAAAAUUCUUGCAGUUUGGAAUUGUUCGAGUUGAAUUACGACUUACAAGGCGAAUCGAAUAUGAUAUUUCCAAGCUUAACGUUAGGUUCAAGUUUGAUUUAAAUAUCAUCCGAAAAUAUAAUUCGGUUACAUGUAAUUUUUUGUCGUCAAAACUUUUUGACUCUGGCUAUAUAUUGAAAGAAUAAUCCAAGAGUAAUAUUAUAUAUUUAUAUAACUGAAAGAUAAGAGAUCCUAUUAUUUGGCAGGGUGA